AUGGCUAUGACAAGACUGUACAAAAUGGAUGAUGGAGGCAACUAUGCGACUAACUGCUUCCCUGCCAGGAACAUCUUGUGCGCAAGCAAAGAAGGGUCUGGGCGCUGGGUGCUGGCACGCAGAGCUACCCCGAGGGCUUGGACUGAGAAGGGGACCACUGGGAAGACACCACAGCAGAGGAGAAAGCCCCCGGAGUCUGCCUCCAUGGAAGAAAAUAAUGAAGGCAGUGUCCUAGAUGAGCCAUUUCUGAUGAAGCACCACUGUUUGAAGAACCCCUCUGACCUGUGCUCUGUGAACAUAAGCAGCCAAAAUCUGGUCUCUGCUAAAGAAGAAGAUUUUGAGAAAUUUGAUGGCGUUGCUUUUAUAAAUGCUGCUGAGAACCUGCUGACACUAGAGCCGUUUCGGAAGUUUCCAGGACUGCGGGAACUGGAACUUUCCUUGAACGGACUAAGAAAUCUGAAAAUCACGCCUGGAGACUUCCUGCAUUUGGAAGAUCUGGAUCUCUCCUACAAUAACUUGUCCCCCCAGGACAUUUGGACAUUGGGAGAUUUGUCCCAGCUCAAAGUCCUUCGCUUGACGGCCAACGGGCUUCGGUCUCUGCCUCCGGACCUGGCAGGCUCGUGGGACUCUGCUUAUUUCAGGUUUCCAUCUCUGGAGGUCUUGUCGCUGGAUGACAAUCGUCUGUCAGACCCGAGCGUCUUUGUGAGUCUGUCUCAUCUCUGCAGCCUGAGGGAGCUGAACCUGGACAGGAACGGGAUUUCGGCUGUCCCCUACCUGCGUCAAGCAGAGAACAGGCAGUUCUUCCUCCACCCCGCGCUGGAUGGCGACAGCUUCAGGGCAGAGUGGUACAAGUCCCUGAGCAGCCUCUGGCAGCAGCCCCGGCUGCCGCAGCAGGAGAACAUGGAGGUGCCAGCAGAGCUGGAAGCGAAGAAAGGACAGCUUGAAUAUGUCCUGUCACAGAACGACAGGGAUCCAGACAGGAUGGAGGUCGUUUUUAAUUCCGGCUCUCAGGAGCACCCAGCGCGGGUUGUUACCAGGGAGGGAGAACCAUCUGCCUCGAAGACUCUGCUGGCUCCCUCCACGCGCAGGGACAUUCGUGCUCCCUUUCCUGAACUGAAACGUCUCAGCCUGGCCUUCAACAAGAUCACAGAUGAGACAGCUCUCUUACCGGUGGCUUUCUUCCCGUGCCUGAAGGAGCUGACGUUUCACAACAACCCUCUUACCACCACCCGGAGCGGUACACUGCCUCUGCUGACUUGGCUCCUCUGGCACGACCUGGGAAUUAAACUUCUCCGACAGAAGAGCCUAGCCGUGGAGAGGUGGCACUUCUCCAUCCCCCUCAAAGCCAGCCGCAAGGUCACGUCGCAUCUCCCCAAAGUCACGAAGAAGCCGCUGAUGCUGAAAGCUCCUGCCGAGACCUUUCUGUGGAACCAGCUCCCAGCUGCAGUGGAGGCUGCGAGAGACCCUGCACCUCCGAGUCCGGCCCAGCCGCUGCCCCCCGUCGGCUCCGUGACCCCAGCCGGCAACUGGCGGACGGCACUGGGGGAAGGGGAAGGUGGCUCCAGGCCUCCUCCUGGCUCAGCUGAGGAGGACGUUGCAUCCUUCUUCAUGACGCAGGUGGAGGAUGUGUCCAGACCCCUGCUGAGACCCGCGACAGGGGGCAGGCUGGAGAAGGGGAGCGAGCAGAGGCGGGAAGGGAGCUCCCAGGUGGUUCCAGAGCGAUACAAAGGCUACGAGGAGCUGCUCGGUGGAGACACGGACCCAGGUUUUAUCGAGCCCGUCGGGAUACAGAAGAACGUGCAGGCACUGCACUACAUCCUGAAACACCCCCUGGUUUAUCGGGACACAAAGCCACGACUGGACAGCGUACAGAAGCCCUACGUGCCUCGGAAAAAGCAUGGGAGGGUGCCCGGCCCUCCCGCCCGACAGACAAGAGCAGAGGUCCUGGAGGGAAUCCUGACGGCCAUGAGAAACACCUCGACCAUCACUGAAGUCCCCUUGGGUAUGUUCCUGCAUUCCCAGUCUCUCCUGUUGACGGCACCGCAGAGGCAGGGGCAGGAUCUGAACCCGGGCACAGGAGCGGGAUUCGGUUCGGGUCAAAAGCGCCUGCUUCAAUCCGCACCUGCCGAGGCUGCGGCGCGUGGGAGGGCACGGAAAGCCGGAAAGCCGUCGCCCACGAGCCGCAGCGGGUAG